AUGGUCGCUGCAGUGUUUGGGAUAGAGGAUGACAUUGCUGGAGUGGAGGUGGUGUUUGGUGUGGUGAAAGAAGAUGAUGGUGUUGAGGAAGGUGGUGGUGCUGUAGUGUUGUGGGCUAGGGAAGAGGGUGGUGGUGAUGUAGUGUGGUGUAGGGUAGAUUUAGUGUGGUGGAGGUUAAAGAAUGGUGUGUUUAUUAAAAUAAGGGUUGUGCUGUUCCUUGCACUUGAGCAAAGGUAUUCACUUCUUAUAAAUGGAGCUAUGAAAGGUUUUUUUGCAGCACAAAGAGGGUUGAGGCAAGGAGACCCUAUGUCUCCUUUGCUUUUUGUUAUAUGUAUGGAGUAUUUGUCAAGAGUUCUUCAUAAACUGAGUGAUCUUCAGCAGUUCAAAUUUCAUCCUAGGUGUAAAGAACUCAAGCUCACUCACAUGUGUUUUGCUGACGAUUUAAUUCUAUGCUGCAGAGGGGAGUUUGCCUCAAUAUACCUGUUAAUGGGAGCCUUUAAGUUGUUUUCACAUACAUCAGGUCUGAAGGCAAAUAUUCAGAAGUCAGCAAUGUACACAAGUGGUAUGCCAGCUGAUGAGGUGCAGAGAAUUGUAGAGACUUCUGGUUUCACUCUUAGUAAAUUGCCUUUCAGGUACCUUGGUGUACCUAUAUGCUCUAGGAGAAUAUCUGCUGGACAAUGUGAGGUGAUAUUGGAUAAGAUGAUGGCAAGAAUCAAACUGUGGAGCUCCAGGAAUUUGUCUUACAUGGCUAGGGCUCAACUGAUAAACUCAGUGCUCAUAAGCAUACACACAUACUGGGCACAGGUAUAUGUGUUGCCUCAGAAAGUCCUUCAAGAUGUGAAUAAAAUUUGUCGAGCAUUCUUGUGGAGUGGGGAAUACUAUAGUAGCAAACCAGGCUAUAUAGCAUGGGAACAAGUAUGUUCAAGGAAGGAAAAUGGUGGAUUGGGGUUCAGAGAUGUGAGAACAUGGAACAUUGCUAGUAUGGGCAAGUAUGUGUGGGCAAUAUCUACCAAACAAGAUAAUGUUUGGAUAAAAUGGGUGCACUCAGUUUAUAUUAAAGAAGCAGAAUGGUGGUCUUAUUCACCUAAGGUUGAUGCAAGCUGGUAUUGGAAAAAGAUUUGUCAAGUGAAGGAAUUGUUAAAAGUUCACUACACAAGUGAUGAAUUGAAAGCUAUGCAUAGAUAUUCAGUUAAAAAUGUCUAUGAGAAACUUAAGGGAGAACAAGAGAGAAUAGUAUGGGGGAAGAUGGUAUGGAAUAGACUGAGUCUUCCAAAGCAUAGGUUCAUACAUUGGCUGGCAGUUCAGGGGAAAUUGCAAACAGCAGAAAAACUUAAGCACAUAGGAGUUAGUGCUAAUGACACAUGUCUGCUAUGUGGCAGCUAUGCAGAAACACAUCAACAUUUGUUUUUUCACUGUAAAUUCAGUUCAGAGUGUAUGCAAGGGAUAAAGCUCUGGCUGGGGGUAAAGACUAGAACAAUGGAUCUUCAUCAACUGAGUAGAGGGAUCAGAAGAGGAUCAAGGACAAAAUUUCAGAAGCAGGUGAUUCUAGCAGGGAUAACUGCUGUUAUAUACUAUAUUUGGAGAAUCCGAAAUGGUUGUUAUUGGGAUCACAAGGUUGAAACUAUUAGUAGUAGCAUCAAGAGGAUACAAGCUGAUGUAAAGCUUAGAAUUGCUGCUGUGCUGCCUAAUAAGAUCACUAAUAGAGAUAAGCAAUGGUUUUUGUCUUUAUGA